UCACUGCUGGGCUCUGACUGGCAGCACUGCUAGGCAUUGACUGGCGCAACUGCUGGGCACUGACUGGCACAACCGUGGGGCACUGACUGGUGGCACUGACUGGCAGCACUGCUGGGCUGCACUGAUGGGCACAGGUAGGUGGCACUUCUGGGCACAGGUGUGUGGCACUGCUGGGUGGCACAGGUGGGUGCACUGCUGGGCACAGGUGGGCGGAACUGGUGGGAGGCACUGCUGGGCAACGAUCAUCAGGGCACUGAUCAUCUGUGCCCUGAUGAUCGCAUGUCAUUGGACACGGCUGAUC